UCGUUUUGUAGUACAGUAAUAAUCAGUGAUGCCCAUCUUCCUUCGAUAAUUAAAGAAGGUGCAUUUUCCUUUCCUCCAGCAUCCUUCUUCUUCUUUCUUCUGUUCCAAAAUGUGUGGGCUAAGACUAAGAUGAUCAGAGACCACCCCAAUGGAAUUGAACCCUCUUAAUUGCUAGUUGUCUAAACCUUUUAAAGUAUCUCAUUACUAGUACAUCGGUUAGCAAUCCUACAUUCAAGUUCUCUCACCCUAGCCCCAGCAGAAGAUGAUGAACCUUCUUCUCAAUAAACUAAUCUUUGUUUAUCCAACUAAACUUAGUACUCCUCCUCCUCCUCCUCCUACUGUUAGUAGUUAGUACUCCUUCCGAGUGACAUUAUCCUCUCUUUCUCCUUGGACUCAGAGACAAAAUGUUGUGCUAGAAAGGAAACUAGAAAGCAAGCAGAAACAACCAAACUGAAGACUGAAAAGCAGCAUUUUGUAUUGCCACUCACAACUACAUGGGCAAGUUUUCAGGCUCUCGUCUCUGACCAACAAUCUCAAGCUAACUUUGCUUUUUGCUAAAAGCCUCAACACUUUUUUCUUUUUCUUUUUCUUUUUUUUAAUUUCAUUCUCGUGGUGAUGUUAUUUUAUUCUGAAUACUUUACCUUAUUGUCUGUCUCCCUUUGUGUGCGUGAAAAUUUGUGUUAAAAAUUGAGUGAGAAUAAGAACAAAGGUUGUGGAAGUGGGAGUGGGUCUGCUGUUGCUUCUUAAACAGUCUCUGUGUUACAUUUGGUCAAUUUUCUGACAGCAGAAGUUUAAGGCUUGUUUUGGACACAGCACUUUGUACUGUAGCACUCUCCUGCACUUCACGAGUAAUACUGUGCUCCAGAAUCUAGCAAUGGAUCCUGACUUCAGAGUUUGCCCACUUCCCCAAUUACGAUAAAAGAAAAAAAAAAAAAGGAAAUUCAGACUAUUGAGGAAACGAUGCAGCAGCUGGUAUCUUGUUUCAAUUGAGAGUCAUGAAGAAAAGUUCUGGUUCUAUUGGUAAUUCAGGGGCGUAUACAAGUCCAGGAACCCCAGAAUAUGGAGACAACUAUGGCAGAGGGAUUCCAAAGGGUUGGAGCUCUGAACGAGUUCCCUUACCGACAAAUAGUAGCAGGAGGCACGUUAGUGCUGCUGCAUUGAUGCCAUUCAACAGUGGAAGGACUUUGCCUUCAAAGUGGGAUGAUGCUGAGAGGUGGAUUACUAGCCCUGUUUCAGGAUAUGGGGUAUGCAAGACUUCAAACGUACAGCCUCAGAGGCGGCCUAAAUCAAAGAGUGGACCACUUGGGGCUCCAGGACUCAUGUAUAUGCCGAAUUAUUCUCCUACCUCGCCAGUUCUUGAGGGUGGAAGUGGGAGUACUUUCAUGGCAGGUUCGCCAUUAACAACUGGUGUAUUGGUCCCUGAUGGUUUAUCCAUUCAUUAUGCCACGGGGAAUGGCGUGAAAUCUAACUCGGUCUUCGCUGAGCGUGCAAUUGCUCAUGCUGCAACUGCACCUGGAUUGUCCGAUUUUUUAAAUGAGUGUUCUAUUCCAAGCUCUCAAGACCAUAAACUUGGCUAUUUAGAGGCAGAGAGGGGUGUAUCACGUGUUAUCUCACGUAGGGAUGUGGCCACUCAGAUGAGCCCUGAGGGAAGCACCUAUUCAUCUCCUAAAGGAAACUCAUCAUUCUCAGCCUUCCCUCUGCCAAUUCCAGCUGCAGUUGAGCAGCACAACUACAAUUCUGCUAAAGUUGAAAUUAGAGAUGUCCAGGUAGAUAAGGGAGCCACUAUCACCCGGCAGUCCAAGAAACUUGGAGCAAGGAGGAUGAGAAGGAAAUCAUCUGACUUUAAAGAGUUAGCUUCGCCGUGGGACAUUUCAGGGGCUGCAAAGACCUUGUCAAAGUCACGAAGAGAAGAAGCCAAGAUCACUGCCUGGGAGAACUUGCAGAAGGCAAAAGCUGAGGCAGAAUUUCGGAAACUUGAGGUUCGGAUGAAACUAGAAAAGAAAAGAUCAGCAUCCAUGGAUAAAAUCUUGAACAAACUGAGAGCUGCUCAGACAAAAGCGCAAGAUAUGAGAAGCUCGAUUACAGAGAAACACGCUCAUCAGUCUAGAAUUUCAAAUAAAUCAUUCUUUCGCAAGUAUAUGAAGACAAGUCCUCUGAUUGAGUGCUUCUUUUGCUGCACUUAAUUGCCGAUUCUGUGCACGUUUUCUGAGGGAGAUUGCAAAUCCUUGUAGGCUCUCUUAUAAACUUGUGAAUAUCGAUAGUAUUGUUUUCGCCUCUUUUGUAUCUCUCAACGAUUGGAAAUACUGGCAUAGUAGCUCGGCUAUCUCUUGAAGAUCAGAACAGAACGUCUAGUUCGUCGCAAAUUCCAGCUACAAUGAAGUUUACCUUCGUUCAUGUAUAUAAUUAGACAUGCUACUUAUUACUGGGACUGGCAAACAGCACUUCUUAGUAGUGAUAAAGCUUUUGCUGCUCUCCAGUCAAACAUUGUGCAAGUCAUCUUGAUUGUGUUCGAGUAAUUUCUACAAGCAUCCUCAAAGAGGAAUAUAAUCUGAUUAUGCCAAUCAGUUUAUUGUAGGCCCUACUUCAUGCAAAGUAAGAAGCUAUGAGGUGAUCAUUCAUCA